AUGUCUUCCAACGCGGCCGAGUCGGACGGUGAAUAUCAGGUCCGUGGCCAACAGAGCCCUUUGGUAUCUCGACGUGCCAAAGCCGAGAACCCGCGCGGAAGUCGCGUGGACAGCUUCUUUCCCCUCGGCUACAAGCAAGGAUUUAGCCAAUGGUGGAACAGUGUCCCUGCCGCGGAGGCGGAAAACAGAGUUCUCUCUUUUAUCCCUUACUUGCAAAAGCCGCCGACCCAUACACAGACAGGCUCGGAGCCGCCUUCGGUUAACCCUUCGACGAUGUCGGUCAACAAUGACCCUGCGGCAAAGGCGCCUCCCGUUACGACGAACUCCAUCACUGAUCCCUAUGGGCCUCGGACGUGGUAUUCGCGCAUGGUCCAGUUGUCGGGCAAAAACAGGGCAUUGAAUGAGUUUUCGGUCGAGCGCACGGGCGAGACUCCCGAACAGAAUCUGGUCAUCUUGCACGGCUAUGGCGCAGGUCUGGGCUUCUUCUACAAAAACUUUGAAUCUUUGUCCCGUCCUCACGGCUGGCGGUUAUUCGCAUUGGAUAUGCUGGGCAUGGGCCGAUCAUCUCGACCACCUUUCAAGCUGAAGGCCAAGACGCGCGAAGAGCAGAUCACCGAAGCGGAGGCGUGGUUUGUCGAUUCGCUGGAGGAAUGGCGCGUCAAGCGAAACAUUGAUAAGAUGACUUUGGUCGGCCACAGUAUGGGCGGGUACAUGGCCGUCUGCUAUGCACUGAAAUACCCUGGACAUUUGAACAAACUCAUCCUGGCUUCGCCCGUGGGAAUUCCCGAGGAUCCUUAUGCUACGCAUGCGGCAAUGCCUGAACCACCCAGUUCGACGCUCCAAAACGAGUUCACACAGGAUCAGGCUACCGAAAGUGUGGCUCGAUCAGAUAAUAACAACUUCCUCAACGCGCGGAAGAAGGCAGAGCAGGCGCAACAGAAGACGAAUUCCAACCGUAUCACUGUGAGCGACGAAAGCGACGAUUCGACGCCUGCCCCAAGACGGCCACUGCCCAAAUGGUUGACAUACCUGUGGGACGCCAACGUCUCUCCAUUCAGUUUGGUUCGGUGGACUGGCCCGCUGGGUCCACGGCUGGUGUCCGGGUGGACAAGUCGACGGUUUGGACAUCUGCCGCCCGAUGAAGCCGUGGCCUUGCAUGACUACAGCUACAGUCUGUUCCGCCUCCGCGGCAGUGGUGAGUACGUACUGGCAUAUAUCCUGGCGCCCGGCGCCUUCGCGAGGAGUCCAUUGAUCCGCCGGAUACAAGGUAUUGGAAGACAGCCGUUACCCAGUGCUCAGGCCACCUCCGGCUUGUCGUCCGAACCCGCCCGCGAGAAUGGUGUGCCUGUCGUCUUCAUGUAUGGUGAACAUGAUUGGAUGGAUGUCAAGGGCGGGUAUGCUGCAAAGAAGAAGAUUGAUGCCGAACGUGAGCGAGCGUUGAAAGGCAAGUCUCCUGAAGAGAGAGCAAAUGAUCAAGGAGGUGCCAAAGUCGUCAUUAUCAAGGGAGCUGGCCAUCAUGUUUACCUGGACAGUCCGGAAGAGUUUAACGAAGUCAUGCUCGCCGAAAUGGAGGAUGUGAAAAAGCGCACCCAGGGAAGCACGAAAGGUGCAAUGACCGGUGUUCAGAUUGUUGACAGAAAAGUUGACGACGAAGCUUGA